ACAUGACAAGGCGCCGACUUAAACCAAAAUAAAUAUAGGAUUCAAAAUUCAAACAAUCGACCAUCGGGGCCACGAACGAACACUGCUUUUCCACGUCAGCCCAACAGCUACUUCUUCUUCUUUUUCUAUCAAUCUUGUACAGUCACCGGGGAUCGACAAACGCAUAAAAAAUAAGUUUUUUAGACAUAAUCAUGCCAAAGGAGAGAAGAGACCGUUCAGUAUCUAUCGGUAAGUCUAAAUUUUCUCCAUACCGAUGCAGCACGAGUCAAACAAAACAAUCACUGGUCAACAGCCCGUUAGAGAACGAAGAAAGUCUGAAAGAAUGGGAAGACACCCGCUGUCCUGUUUGUAUGGAACACCCUCACAAUGCAAUCCUUUUAUUAUGUUCUUCACACAAUAACGGUUGUCGUCCUUACAUGUGUGACACAAGCUACCGCCACUCAAACUGCUUCGACCAGUUUCGUAAAACCUUCUCCGAAAGUCACCUGUCAGGCCCAUCAACUGAACAAAGUCAAAGUCAACCGUCCAUCCCUUUGACUGGAACCGAUGAGAAGUCAAAGAUGGUGUGUCCUCUGUGCCGCGGGGAGGUCAACGGGUGGGUUGUUGUUGACCCGGCCCGUUUGUUUAUGAACACGAAGACACGAAGCUGUGCGAGCGAAACAUGUGAUUUCACAGGGACGUAUAAGGAUUUACGGAAGCAUGCGAGAUUGGUGCAUCCGUUUGUAAGGCCGUCGGAAGUGGACCCUACGAGGCAACAAGAUUGGAGAAGGAUGGAAAGAAGACGAGAUUUAGGGGAUUUAUUGAGUACACUUCAGUCGUCUAUUGGCGAAGAACGGGAAUUGGAUGAAGAUAGUACUAAUGAUUUAUCGUUUGAUGAUGGUGGUUGGUUGACCGUUUUCUUUCUUAUUAGGGUUUUUCAACCUGGAAACAGGGCGCUCGUGUCGGUUCAGAGACGUACAAGGAGACGUUUGUGGGGUGAGGGAUCUGAUGGUGAGGUUAGGGAUGGUGAUGUUGAUGGUGAGUCGGGUUCUGAACCGGGCCCACGUAGUUUGUUUCAGUUUAGUCGAAGACCGCCUGCUUCGGAUGAUGAUGAUGAUGAAUCUUGAAACACAUCAAAAGCGAAUCUACAGUCGAUGGAUAUGAAGAAGAAAACCAUGUGAAGAAAUGUGUUUGUUUUUACUCGAACAGCUUAUCAUCGGCUUUUUAUAUAUAUAAACAAUGAGUUUUUUCAUAUACUUUAUUCAUCAACUUCUGCUUUUAUAUAAAAGGAAAAUAAGGAAAGAGAAACUUAAUUACAAAAA